UCAUUUCAGGUUCUUCAUUUAAAAAUGUUUAUGCCAUUCACUAUUCAUUUGGACCCUUACUUACGUAAAGUGAUCAAAGAAGAGCGUUCAUCAUUCUUGGCAAUGCAAUCAGGAGCACCUGUACCUAACGCUGCUACAACGGACAUCAAACUUAAUGGCAACGUUAUCCAUGAACAGCCUAAUCCUCCUCUAGCUAUGCAUGUUCCUUGGAAUGGCCAGCCUUGGACUACAGUGACGUUGCCUACCCCGGAUCAGAGUAAGCCGACCAUAUACCCGAAGUAUCCGUCCAUGGUGCCUACUAUUUCCCACUGUAACUAUGGAGUUAUGCCAACUAACCCCUACGUACCAACAUCCAAUCAACUGUGCUUCAAGCCUACCUUGCCAAGUCGUCUUCAGGACAAAGUACUCAGUUCUCUUACUGCCGAAGAAGUCAGUGAGCUGUUAAAACAUCUGGAUGGAUUUAGAACAGCACAAGUUGAGCCAUAUUCUCGAACUCUUAUUGAUAGCAAUAUCGAACGUCUUGAAUUAUUUUGUACUGCGAAGUGAAUGUGGACAAGUUGGAUGACUUUACUGACAAUGACAAUGAAACAUGACAAUGAAAACAUGCUGGGCUUUUCAGGAUGUUUUUUCUCUUGGUAAUGGUAGAAAACUUAUUGAAUUUUUUUACGUUUAACUUGCAUGCAGCCAUCAUCUUCAUCACUCAUUCUCCUUUUUUGCUCCUCUUAAAUUUAAAUAGAUAAAAAUUAGUUUUAAACAA